GCAUUCGAGCCACAAUACAAACAGUUGGCGACGAAGUUCAAAACAGAAGAGCCGAACUUGGUAUUUGUGAAAAUCGAUGCAACAGCCAAUGAUGCUCCAAAGAACUACGAGGUGCAAGGAUUUCCGACCAUUUAUUUUGCACCGGUUGGAAAGAAAGAGCAUCCGAUCAAGUAUGAAGGGGAUCGUAAAUUGGACGAUCUCACUGAGUUCAUGAAAAAGCAUGCCGUCGUAUCAUUUCAAGGCAAAACCGAACUUUGA